GAAAACCAUUGUGCUAUAUUAUAGUUAAUAUACACAGCAACUGUACAACCGCCCAAUCAUUCGGAGGAUAAGUGUUAUCAUUCAUGUUAACAUUUACUACUGUCUAAUAAUUAACUAUGCAUUCUUUGUCAACGCAAAGUGGAGCAUUAGUAAAUAUUGAAUGUGAUAUAAGCAUUGAAAAUAACUUCAAAUGUUUCGGUUAGCCUUAGAGUACUAGAUUCUAGCACAAGUUUUUAGGUUUGAAGAUGCAGCAGUCUAGGAACAAUCGACCCCAUAGAAGUGAUCACGAAAACAGAUCGUACCAACACGAAAUUCCGAUGCAGGAAAACCCAGGAAACACUACUGAUAUGAAAAAAUACCAUAUUACGCGUUUGUACAAGGCAAGCAUGAAAGGAGAUCUUAAAACAGUUGAACUUGAAAUAAAUGAUUAUAACUUCAAGGCGAAAGAUGACCAAGGAAAUACACCUUUGCAUAUCGCAUCAGUAUGUGGAAAAGUCGAGGUAGCAGAAAAAUUGCUGAUAUCAAACCCGAAAGAUAUAUCAGAAAUGAACGUAUGGAUGCAGACGCCCUUGCACAUGGCUGCUGCCGAAGGUCAUUACGAGGUCGUAGAAAAAAUACUAUAUUACGCUCGUCAGGAUGGUUUAUUAGUAAGGGGAAGACAUAAAUGGAGCAACUCCUCUACAUCUAGCGGUAUAUGGGAAGCACAAAGAAAUUGUGCGCCUUUUAGCAGAAAAAUGUGGGGAAUGUAA